UAUUUGUAAAUUUACCUUAAAAGAUUUAAUUGAAAUGUUUAGGUUUAAUGUUGUUGAUAAACUCGGUAGUAACUGUUGUUGCUCUUAAAGUUUCUCAUAACCCUAGAAGAAGAAGUAAUGAGGAGAGUAGAGUAAGGCUUCUCUCAAUGCUCAAGAAUGUAAUCCUACUCUCCGUAAUACUUGGACUAACCUGGAGUAUUGGCCUAUUUGGUUCUUCUCUUCCACAGCAAUUUAUAUUUGUUAUACUGAAUGCAAGCACUGGUGUCUUCAUUUUCUUCUUAAGUGUUUUACUAAACCCUCAGGUGAUGGCAGAACUAAAGAAGAACUUAAGAGCUAUAAGAUGCUGCACAAGGACAAAGAAUGAAACGAAUGAAAGCAAACUCCCGAUCAAAUUCUUUGAAUCGCAUUUUGGGAGAUAGAGGACACCUUUGCGGCCCAAUUACUCAACAAAAAAUACCGAGUACAAAAUAAGUUUAUAAUUUGAAUAAUCAAUA